AAUGCGCACUACAAAUGACCCGGAUUUUAUCUUCGGGAAAAAAAGGAUCUGACUUUUUAGGUGGGCGAUGUCUAAUCUCGACUUUUGGUACAAAACGGAGAGCACAGUACAACAAUCCCUCGUUGCAAAGCUCCUUUUUUCUUCUCCAUCGUGACUUCAUUUUGUGAAGCUGGAGCGGCCUCCACUUGACGGGAGAAAAAGUUAAAAGAAAAUCCCUUUUUUUCCUUCUUUCCCAGCGAGUUUGCACUUAUUCUUUUUAUUAGAAUGACGACAACGGUGUAAAAGCAGCUCCCAGCUAGAGAGAUUUAAUGUUUUGUUUGUUUUCUCUCUUUUAUACUUCCAGGCGACAUUACGACGGCGUAAGUUUCAUUGACCACAAAAAAAGGAGAGCUAGAGAGAGAGAGACGGACUUUGUGUGUUCAAUCAGCCAUUUACUCUACAGCAGCAAGGAUCGUUGAUGAUUAACCUUCGCCAGCCCAUCAGAACAUUUCCAGCCGAGAGGAACGACAAUUUUUGAUCCGGGGGUUUGUCUGUUUGAAAUCGAUCCUUACGUAUCGUUUUGAAUUAUCCAAAAGAGGUUCGAGUGACGUCGAAAUAAUCAAUUUCCUGUGGUGGUGAAACAAUCGAAAAGUGCCCCCCAAGAAGUGUGUGUGUGUGUCUCUCACUAGCCUCAAUUUUGGUUGAGCUGGGCUACUAUCAUCGAACGGGAAUCGAGCCGGCGUCGAUUCUUCCUUUCCCCCCCGCCGUCAUAAUCAUUAGGGCAAGUGGCGACGCCUAGACUCUUCUUCUUCACUGGGGUUCUCUCCGUCGAUAGAAACUGGCCAUGAAAAUCCAGGGAUCUUAACUGGGGAAAGAAGAAGCCGGAAGCCGGUUCGAGUGGACGGGUGUUGGAUUCCUAGGAUCGAAAAGAAUCGGAACCCCACUUCGACCGAACUUUUUUCUUGUGUUGUGAAAGAAGAAGAAGGAAGGAAGAAAAAAAACGAUAGUGGCCGGAACAUGUCGCCGGCGGUGGUGAUCACCAUGGCGACGACGCCUUCAACACAAAAUGAUACAAUUUCUACAGCCAGAUAAUUGGCACAAGUGCCGCUACCGGCGCAGUUGUAGCAGCAGCAGCAGCCAUCAGCCAACACACACACAGUGAUCCUUCUCAUCUUUUUCUUUUUUUGCUUCCUUGUGGUUGGCGGAGGAGGAGGCUGGCCGGCUGGUUGAGCUGAGCUGGUGGUGUGAUCUCUCAUCUCCGCUGGACCAGACGAUUCCUAUCUUUAGGCGCCCGUGAUCCAUCACUAAUCAAAAAGGAAAGAAAAACCAAAGAUCUUCACCAUGCUGAACUUUGCCAGCAAAAUGAUCAACAAUCUCAUCGGAGUGCCGGGCGAAGAUGGACAGCCUCCCGGCACUGGCCCACAACAACCAUCUCAACAGUCCAUGAUGAUGAGGAAUCCGCAAAUGGGCGGGCCUCAGCCGCAGAGACCCAAUUUCCAGGGAGGUCCCCCUGGACAACAACAGGCUCAGCAGCAGCGACCAGGAUUUCCUGGACAACAGCGUCCACCAGGACCCGGUGGAGGACCUGGAUUCAUGGGACCAAGACCACCCGGUGGACCAGGCGGCCGACCACCUGGACCUGGAGGACCCGGAAUGGGACCUGGAGGUCCUGGCAUGGGUCCUGGAGGUCCUGGAAUGGGUCCCGGAGGUCCUGGAAUGGGACCUGGAGGACCAGGCAUGGGACCAGGAGGUCCUGGAAUGGGGCCUCAACGAUUUGGUGGACCUGGUGGACCUGGUGGACCUGGCGGCCCACGUGGAAACGGACCGCGAGGACCUCCAGGUAGCGGUCCCAACCCGCGAAUGAUGAUGCAGGGUCCUGGCGGUCCCCAACCGCGAGGUCCUCCUGGGGGCGGUGGCCCAAGAGGCGGAGGUCCCAUGGGUCCACCCGGCAACGGCGGCCCUGGCGGCAGAUUCUACCCACCGAACCGACCUCCCGGCCAAGGGCCAGCUGGACCACAAGGACAGCUGAGGGGUCCUUACCCUGGCAGCAGUCCACCCGGCCAACAGAUGAGAGGUCCCAUGAUGGCCAACAAUAGCGGGCCGACAGGAGGUCAGCAACCGAGACCGCCUUACUUCGCUGCCGGCGGCGGACCUACCAGCAAUCAAGGGCCGGCCAUCCGCGGACCUGCAGGCGCGGGUUCUAUUCGGCCUGGCGGGUUCCAGCAGCAUCAAAUGAUGGCUGGCCAACAUCAACCGAUGAUUGGAGGUGCUGGCGGAUCAUCAAUUCAACAGCAGCAGCAGCAGCAGCAGUCAUCAUCUGGCGUGAAUAGCGGGUCGAGUAGUGGCGGUGGCGUCCCAGGAGUCUUUCCCGACGUGGACAUGAGCCAUUUAAGUGAAGAGGAGCGGAUGUUGAUCGAGAGCGUCAUGGCCAAAGCCCAGAUGGAAGAGCUGGAACUCGAGCAGAGUGUCGCCAUCACCAAGCCUCAAAUCAAUUCCAGAAUGACGAAAGGUCAACUGGCCCGCCAAAUCUCCCAGCCGGAUCCGCUGGAGCGGGAGAACGAACUGCGCUACACGAUCGAUCCAUUGGGCGGCGGGAGCAACGGCGGCAUCAAUCGACGGACGUCCAUGUCUGUCACGGACAUGUCCAACUUGGCGGCCAUCAACAACCAACAGCAGAGGCUCUGCAGCGUCUGCUGUCGUCGAGAUAUCAGCGGACGAGAUGGACCUCCUGGACAAUCGUGCGCCGAAUGCCGAACUGUCGUCUGCACCACUUGCGGUGGAUACGCCGCUUCCACCUACGACAAUAAAAACACGGUGUGGCUGUGCCGGUCGUGUCUGGAUCGACGCCAGAAUGCCAACUGGUCCCAACAGCCGCAGCAGCAAUCCGGAAUGAUGAACAAUCAACAAUCGGCGAUGAUGAUGAAAUCUUCGACGAUGAACGACGCCAGCGGACACAGCCUGAUGGACUCUUUAGGACGGAACCAGCAGCCGCAGUCACAGCAGCAGACGAUGCGUGAGUAUUCUAGCGUCACGUCCGAUCACGUGACGGACCUUGCGACUCGUUCCGCCACCACCACCUCAUCCCUAAUGUCCCCAACCACCUUCUCCAUCUCCUCACCCGACUCCUACCACCCCUCGACCGCACCCACCGCCGCUCAUUCGCCCCUGUCGUCGUCGUUGGCAUUCCAUUCGGCCUCUUCUCCCGCCGCCACCACCCCGGCCUCACCGAAAUCCCAACAACAACAACAACAGCCGGAAUUCACGGCGGAACAAUCCGACGCGUGGUUCAAAUCCGUCUACCAACGGGCGGCGGAAGACGACGACGAAGAAGAAGAAAUGAAGGAGAAAAUGUCGUUAGUUUUAACCCGAUCGCCAACCUCAGGGGAAAAUGAUCACGCCGGUGGUGGCCACAACGUGAUUAGCCCAGUGUCGUACACCAGCCACCGGCCGUUCGUCGACGAUAGUCAUAGAUUGCGCUACCAAGAUAUCGAGGACGAUGAGAUGCACAGUAACGGGAGCGAGGAGAACAAUCACCAAGGGAAAGAUGACAGCGACAACGACUCGUUGCUGGAAGAGUUGGCGACGGUGGCCGUCAAAGAAGGUUCCGAUAGCGAUGAGAACCUGAGCGACGUGGAAGAGUUGAAUCUGAACUGUAAAGACGAGUCGGCGGCGAUGGUCGGUGGUAGUAGUCGCUCGAUGGGCGAGGCGGACGAGGAGGAGGAAGGAGCGUCGGCCGACUCGUCGGCCGCCUCUUCGCCGCGCUCGGCCGACGCCACCUCGCCCUCGCCCGGCUCGCCGCCCAGCAGCUGCGCCAGCAUUACGGCCGCGCUCCACCACGUCUACGAGCACAAUCCGGGCGAGGUCUACCCCAUCGCCGAGGAGGAGGAAGAGGCGGCAUCGCCCACCGCUUCCGACGGAGUCACCAGCCUCAGAUGCAGAGCUCGUUUGAAUUCAGGAUCGGGGAUCGAAGGAGGAUCGGCAUUGGCCAUGUUUAACGAUCAAUUGACGACGGCCAACGCCCAGAUGAGGAUCGGCUCGCCGACCAAUGCUCUUUACAACCGGUCCAGCGCUUCCUCCUCAUCGGCCAAUCCAGCGGCGACUCCUGGGCUCCUGCGAGGACCUCACGAUCCAUCGGCUCCUUCUUCCUCAUUAUCAUCGUCCAACUCGUCAUCGAAUUUGAUGAGCCACUUUGGAUCGUCGGCCAUCCGAUUCCGAUCAUCCACCGAGUCCAGCAGCGCCACCGCCGGCCCAGCAGCAUCCGCCACUACCAACUUUAAAGACGAAAGGAUGCCUUUAUCGCCCACCGGGAUGGUGGUCGGCACGGCCGGCAGCAAUCAACUCCUCCAUCACCAGCAGCAGAUCCAGAUCCAGCAGCAACAGUACAACAACGACAUGUUGGGUCACGACCCCAUGUUCAAUCAACAGCAACAACAACAGCAGCAGUUACAGCAACAACAACAACAGCAGCAGCAGCAGCAGCAAAGUGGAACUGCUGCUGGCAAACCAGCCGGAACCAUCACCGGAAUGCUGGCCGAUUUCAGCCGAGCUCUGGGACUGGGCAGCAACGCCACCCGGUCGUCACCUUCUGACCAGGCAUUUGGCCAGCAGUUGAACGACGCCAAUCAUCAGCAAGGCCAGCAACAGCCACACCAUUUGCAAAACGCUGCCGGCAAGAUGAACACUCCCCAGCAGCAAUUGCAAAUGCAACAGCAACAACAGUUACAACAACAACAACAAAUGCUCCAGCCGGGCGGAUUGAGUCAACAACAACAAAUUCAACAGUCGCCGAAUCUUUAUUUCACGGCCGCCGAUGGAUCGACUAAUCUCCUCGUUAACCAGAGCUUGAACCCUUUCACGGGCCAACAACAACAACAGUUACUACAAGGCCAACAACAACAACAACAGACAGCGAUGCAAUCGCUCCAGCCGCAAACUGGUCUCGCCGGCCAACAGCAAUUACAAGCCGCCAAUUACGCCUCGUCGGUCUUCCCCAACAACAGCGCUCUAUCGCAAAUGGACCAACAACAACAGCAGCAAAUGGCUCUACAACAGCAGCAGCAACUUCAAUUACAACAGCAGCAACAACUGGGUCAGGCGGUAAACACCAAUAAUCAGAUGAUGGUUAAUGAAAACACAGUCGGCGCCCAGUUAUUCCAGCAGAAUAAACAGUUGACCCAAAUCAAUUCGUCCAACCCCCAGUCCCUGCAACAACAACAACAGCAGCAGCAGCAGUCUUACGGUCUGGUGAAUGCGAGUGGAGGUUAUGUCCAGCAAGUAGCUCAGCAAUUUGAGCAGAGCGGAGUGGCGGCCGUCAUUGCUUCCCAGCAACCCAUCAACCCCUUGACCGGGUUGCCGGAACAACAGCAACAACAACAACCCAACUUAUACGGUGGUCAGCCUACGUCGUCGGCCUACCAAAUUCCUGGGACGGUGGUUGCCGGUUCGGUGGGCAUCGAUCAACAACUUCACAGGCCGCUGGGCCAGCAGCAAUCGACGCUCAUUCAACAACAGCAAGCGCAGCAGUUGAUGGGCAAUCAUCCGCAAAAUCACCUUAUGAGCGAUCCCGCCAAUCGAAUGACCCUGUUUAACCAACAACAGCAACAACAACAGCAGCAGCAACUGCAGACGGCGGCUCUGGCGGCCGGACAAGCCCAGCAACAACAACAACAGCAGCAGCAACAACAAUCGAUCCACCAGCAGCAAAUGAUGCAGCAAGCCGCAGCCCAGCUGCAACAACAGCAGUCCAUUAUCCAGCAGCAACAGCAGCAACUGCUCAUGAUGAACCACAGCAGCAGCAACCAGGAUUUCAUGCAGAUGCAGCACCAGGCCCAGCACUCGAAAAAACUCCGCAAGAUCGGCACGGUUCAGAAUUCCGCCCUAGAACUGCAACAACAACAACAACAGCUCAUGGCUGCAAACAAGAUGACUCCGCAAGCCAUCCGGAAGAAUAUGUUGGCGCAACAACAACAACAAAAUGCUCCAUCGGCCUCCCUGCUGCACCAGUCGUCGAUAGUUCCGGAUCCGAACAAGACGAGCCACUCCGAUCUCUACGGCAGCGGCAGCAGUUCCAUGCUGAGAUCCGCCGAUUUACUGCACAAGAGCAGGAUCCGGUUGAUCGAUGGGCGACCUUACAGUCCGACAGCGUCGCCGGAGAUCGAUCUGCUGGGCGGAAUGAUGCGUCCAGGCCCUGCGGCUCACUCGUUCAUGAUCGGCGGAGGUGGUGGCGGUGGGACGCCGAUCACGACGCCGAUGGGCACUCCGGCCGGAACGCCGCGAGGAGGCACCCACAGUCGUGACAGUCGCGAUCUCCUGGCCUGCGACUCGCCCGACACGCUCAGCGAGACGGACUCACAAGCCUCACUCCGGCUGAGACGGAAGCUGCCGCUCCUUCCGCCCGACCAGGAGGCCGCCCUCCUCCCGUCGGUCCAGAAGAAGAAACUGGAAUUGGCCAAGAGCCAACAACAGCAGCAACAACAGCAGCAGCAGUUAGUCAGCGUCCAGGAGCGGAUCAAGGCCUACAGCAAUUUGCGGCAGGGCUCGCUGACGGAAGCCAACACAUCCAGCGGAGGAGUUGACCGGGGCUACAGCAGCGGGGCGUCGGCCGCCUCCUUCAGCGGAUUAACUCGCCCGACCUCCGAGACUAAUUUGCGACAAUUGGCUUACGGCGAAUCCAUGGCCAGUUCGCUGGCCGCCCGACCCGGAUCGGCCCACGGACUUUUGCAGGGGUCCAGCAUCGUCAACGCCAACGGAUUACGAUCGUCCAUCAACAGCAAUUUGACGUCGAGCAAUCUGGCCGGCGGCGUCGGCAUGGCCCGCUCCAAUCCUUCCAUCAGUGUCAAAUCCGAGGACCAGACACUCCGCGAAAGUUUGGCGGCCAUCCUUCCGCCGGAUUUGCGGCACUUGGUCGGAGCUCCCAGCACCAACUUGGUGAUGACCACAUCCUCGACGACCAACGAUUCGUCGACCAUCCUCAGCGUCGGCGGAAUUCGGACGGCUGCACUAGAAGACUUGCGCGGAUCACCGUUGACACGUCGCCGAGCCUUGGAGGAGGAGCUGCAGAGACUAACGGAGGAUCGGGCUCGACUCAGGAACCAAACGGACAAGGACCGCGAACGGGAGCUGAGGAUCCGCCGCGAGCUGGAAAAGUUUGCCGCACUCAGAGACCCGAUGAAAAGAUUCGAUACUCAGAGGCGGCCGGGCAGCGCCGCCGCCGGACUCAUUGGAGCAGCUCAAUCAUCCGCAACUUCCGGCGUCUCCUCCCGACUCCGCAAAAGCCGAGGGCAUCGACGGCAGUUGUCCGAUCCCAGAGUCUCUUCGCUCAUGCGGGAACGCGAAGAAUCUUCUGACAGAUACUCGACGGCCAGAUCUCAAUCGAUGAGCCGGGCCAAGGCUUACGAAUACGAAUCGAUGGAAGAGCUGAACAUGGGCGGCGGUGUGGGGAUGGCCAAUAAAGCCGAUUGGGAUCGCCAUCGAUCCAUACCGACUUCUUAUUCCGGAAGUGCUCUCAACCGACUCCUCACCGAGGACGACGAUUUCCUUUCGCGGAAAUACUCGGCCGUCGGUAGCCGGAGGACUCACGCCAGGAGAUCCAGCGAUGGAGGAAUGACCAUGACUGACUAUCUGAUGGAUCCUUCUUUGGUCGGGUUGACGGGCGGUGGAUCCUCCCAUCACCAAUCGGGCCAGUCGAGUCGAUCCCGUUACGCCAACGAUCCUCGGAUGUUGACCCGAGGACUUAGUUACGACAUUGCCGAUCGCAGUGGAAUGAUGCUCGGCGGUGGACACCACGGCGGCCAUCACGGCCAUCACAAUUCCAGCGGCCAUUCCAAAUCGAUCCUCUUGUCGAGGAAGCCCCGAUCCUGGCAUCCGUCGCCUUACGGCAGCGACGAAGAGUUCCUGGACGCCGAGGACGACAUCCUGACCCGCGAGGCCAAAAAACAGAGGAUCAAGGCGGAAAUCGCACGCCGGAGGCAACAAAUCGAACAGAAUUCACGACUCCACGACGAAUUACUCCGCCUGUCCCGUCUGCGCGAAUCCGGUGACGUGAGCGGUUAUCAGACCAAUCACGGACUGGUGGGCGGGAAUAGUUCCGGCGGAUCCUACGGUGGCGGCGGCGGAAACGCUGCCCGGCUAGCGGCCGCCGCCAACAACUCGUCCGUUUUGCGAUCCAUCAACGACAUUUUGCGGGAAGAUCGGGAUUUCAUCCAUCGAUCCCGGAGCAGUUCCAGCGGCGGUCACUUGUACCAGCCGGAUUACAUGGGCGGAGGUCAUCACCAUCACGUGUCUCCUACCCGACGUCCGUACCACCACAUGUCGUCGGCCCAGCACCACCAGUACGGGUCGCAUUCGAGAGGUGCCAGUCCGGCCCGCAGUUCGGGCAACUAUUCCGGCGUGCCGACGGAAGAGGAGCGCAGCAUGGAGCGUCUGGCCUCCACAUUCCGGACGGAAGACUACACCAGCAGUCUCUACGAGCGUCUGCACGAUUUCUCGCCUCUGGCCAGCGAUCCUGAGCUGGGCGGCGGAGGCGGUGGCGAACACAUGAUGAUGUACAACACGGGGGCCGGUCCGACGGCCAUGCCGCUCUUGCCGGACAUGCCCAGCCGGUCGCGAAAGCUGCUGGAGGAUUUGGCCUACGCCAGCGCCAACGAUGCGCCGACGAUGCACAUCCAGUCACGAGGAUAUGAGUAUUCACCUGAUUAUGACGGUGGAGAUCCUUGCUAUUCGGAGCCGGAAGAAGACAACCGCAAUCAAUACCGUCGCUCAUCCAACCGCCCAUAUGAGCACAAAGGACCAGGUAAAAGACGCUAUCCAUUUCCCACCAAAAGAAUCCUGUUGACAUGCGAUGCCAAAUCCAGCGCUACUACAGACAACGGAUUGGGAAUGCGAGUGGUGGGCGGAUUGGAGAUUCCCGGCAGUCGGCACGGCGAAAUCGGAGCUUUCGUGACUGAGAUUUCACCUGGAGGUGUGGUCGACACUCACGGCGAAGUCCAAGAAGGCGACCAGGUCCUCGAGUGGAAUGGCAUCCAGCUCAACAGCAAAUCGUUUGAAGAAGUUCAGAGUAUCAUCUCAUCCACCCGAGGCGAAGUGGAGAUUGUCAUUUGCGGGGAGAAGGCCAGCUCGCAGUACGCCGAGUCCAACGUCCAGCAAUAUACGAGGACCAUUGCUGGCCCACGCGAGGAAAUCGACAUGAACGGAAAUAGCAACAACCGGAAUCAUAUGACGAGUGAACUCAGCACGGCUUCGCCGACGGAAGUCGUCCCUCAGCCGCCAACUGGACCUCAACAGCCGGUCGUUAAAGGGAUCAUUCGGAAUAAAGUCCCGAAACCGGAAGAAUGCUUGGAGGACCCUGAAGUGCGGAAGCGCAAGUGGACACUGCCUCUGGGUCAAGUCCAAUUACUUUCCUGCUACGACAGCCGGGCUCACAUCCUUUACGUGACAAUCAUCCGGGCCAGAAAACUGCAAACCCGACGACCCAAUGGCGACGCCCGACCCGAUCCGCUUGUCCGAUGUGUUCUGCUUCCGGGUCGGAAAGUCGAAAACGAACGCCGGACGCGCUAUUUGAGCCUGACUAGCGAUCCGGAAUGGCACCAAACUAUGGUUUAUCCGGCUGUUCCGCCCGCCGAUCUCAUCAAACGUCAACUGGAAGUGACGGUGUGGCAUCACCAAUCCGACGGCCGACUCGAAUUCCUUGGUGAAUUCCUUCUCGAUCUUGCUGAUCCAGGAACUAUUGACGAACAGCCGCAUUGGUAUACAUUGCAAGAUAAUUCCGGCGGAUUGGCCAGUCUACCAAUGGCUCCAGACCACGGCAACGAGUACACAAACGGCAAACCUGCAGGUUCCCAACAAAGAAGUAGUAUGGCAAGGGCUAGCAUGUCUUCCGGACUCAUGAUGGAUUCUUCUUCCUCCGGAUGUCACGGAGCGGCCUGCACCAUUCUCUGAAUUCAAUUAGUGUUUGAAAAAAAUCCGAUCAUCAUCGACACGUUUCACUUAAUUGUUGUUGUUAUUGUUGUUGUUGGAGACGUUGUUUCAUUGUCGUGUCGUCGUUAAGUGUCUGAUGUACUAUUACGCGAUGUGUAUCAUAUCAUUUCAGUCAACGAACCAUAUCUCUGUUUGGCGUCAACAUCCAUUCUCUCAACACAUGCAAUCAAUUUCGUCAAUCCAUUUAUAUAUGCUCAACAUCAUUUGAUUGUUAUUACCUCUUCGACAUUCUACUCUUUUUGUGUUAAUUGUGGACGAUUAUUCUGUCUGUGAUGUUCUGUGUCCCUAAAUUCACACAUUCCCAUCUCAUUGUCAAAUGCACUUGUACAUAUUCAAACAUAAGCUCGGCCUGAUUUCUAGGUGUUAGCAGCAGCCAGCCUCUCUGUUCUUCUCGUUUCAAAAACGCCCGUUUAUAUAUUGUUGGAGCCCAUUGUGCGUAAAGCAUUGGUGGUAAUAAACUAGAUGGAAGCCGUU